UCCAUCAGAGAUUCAGAUCGGUAUCUUUACUUUUGCCCCAUCAGAUAUAGGGGUUUUCGACAUUCGCGCGUUUAUAGCAACUUUCGCAUACCCAUCGCCAUCGUCCAUCUUUCAUCACCGCGGUAAAUCAGAAUACCAAAACCGUUCUCUCAACCCUCCAAGAAACGACCAACCUCAUCCUUUCACAGAUCGACGCAGUCAAGAAUCAUAUACUAUAUUUAAACCCCACACAUGGGGGAAGAAUACGUUCGUUUUGCAUCUUCUUUGUGAAGGUCUAGAAUCCGAUAACCGGGAAGCACAUUGCACGGGUCACGAAGGUUACAAAAUUCUUGAUCCAAAACCCUUGCUGGCAAAAGUUGGUCCCUACCUUUCUAUCAUGGCCACGGUUGUCGCUUCGGGA